CCUAACAGGCAUAAGCUUAAGCCUCGCCACGCUACUGGGUGCCUACAUGGCAGAGCUGAAGGCUCCGGAGUCGCUCGGAAUAUGGAUCUUCAACGUGCAGAGCGCCGUGUGGUGCUUCGCAGGUCUAUGGGCGGAGCCUCUCAGCGUGAAGUUUACACACCGCGUGGUAGCGGUGCUGUCGGCUCUCCUCUGCGCGGCUGCUAUUAUGAUUUCCGCUAUAAUAAAGAACCCCUAUUUAUUCUUCGUCACGGUCUCCCUAAUGUAUGGCAUUGGAGGUGGAAUCUGUGUGUCAUGCUGUUUCCAGAUCAACAGGAGGUACUUCAGCAAGCGCCUUGGCAUGGCUAACGGCUUGAUGCUCUGUGGCGGGACGCUAGGGAUGGCCAUGAUGUCGACACUCGCGGGAACAUUACAUAACUGGUUCGACUUCUUCCAUUCCACGCUCAUUAUGGGUGCACUACCACUGAUCCCGGCUGUCACCUCCCUCAUAACCUUCCGAUCGAAGAAACCAUACUGGGAGCCGCGGCAACAGGAGGAGGAGCACAGGAGAAGUCAUUUCUUCCUAGCAACGGCUUUUGGAGGGUCGCACUUGGUCGGCGCCACCUACGUCCUUCCCUCCCUCUGGUCGACCCCGUACUCAUUCUCAACGGGCGAAUCAGUCAGCUUUCGGGACUAUGUCAUCUCGAUUUUCAAAUUAUCGUUUUUGGAUGGGGACGUGAUGGCCGUCGCUGCAGUGACUGGUUUGACUCAGUUCAUCAUGAUCAACGUUUAUACGGUGUCAAGCUACGCGCUGAAGCAGGCCAACGUUUCGUCUAAUAACCUCAUGGUCUUCCUGUGGGUGGCGGGGUUGGCCGACCUGUUUUCUCGUCUCUGUUGCAGUUUCAUCGUCGAUCAUCAAACGAUCAACAUUGAACUGCUUUACAUAUUUGGGCAGAUGAUCUUCAUGAUCAUGACUUUCAUGAUGGCCUUCUUCAGGGAGUCGUGGGCCGUCGUCCUGAUCUGUGCCGCCGGCUUUGGCAUCAGUUUAGGUAUCAUCUACGUCCUGGACAUAUUGGUCAUGAUUUACAGAUUCGGACACGAAAAGUUCCAGUCCGUUUUUGGGGUCUGCAUGGUGUUCCGAUCCUUCUGCGCCCUGGUGAUAGGACCCAUCGGAGGUUUAAUUCGAGAAUUGUUUCAGGAUUACGCCCCGACCUUCCUGUUCUACAACUCUAUCUUGUUCCUCGCUUUCGUCCUCUUGUGUCACCAUGGAACUUGCCAGAACGAUGUGAUACCCAGGCUACCAGUACUGCCUUCAUCAUAGGCCAAGAUUUUGUAGCAAGAUUACUUUGUGCGCGCGCACGCAUUUAUACACAUAUAUGCGCACACAAGAACAAAUGCGCACAUCUCACCGUGAGUGAGCAGUGCAGUGUGGACAAGGCAACGCAACUGAAUUUUCUGCCUAUCGCUAGUCUGGUGUAAACGUAUAAUCUUCCCAGUGCUGUCCGCGACAUAUGCUCGGUCUGUGGUUGCCAGCGAAGAACCCACUGUGUUGAGUUUAUAGUCAUAAAGGCACUUUGAUUUUAAUGUCGGGCUCAGAUUUUAUUUCCUGUUUUAUCCUUAGUCACAAUAGGUAUUCUUAUUGGCUGUGUAAGAUAUACACCAUUUCUUUUUUUUUCUUUUUUUGUUUUUACCUUUCCACGAAAUAAAAUAUAUUUUUGACAGGCAAUUGUCAAUCUUCGCCAAUGAAGUAAAUGAACAAAGAUAUUUUCCGUUUUGAUGGUGAAAUAUUUUCCUUUUUUUUAAUAGGAAUUUUCAUUUUCUCAACACUUGCGCACGGAAAUGAUUUGCAUCAGAUUCUGCCGGCUUAGUAGACUCAUUUUACAGCGGGCACAGAUUUACCAGAAAGUUUUUAUUGAUCUCUGAUAUGGUUUUAGUGUAAGUUCAGUAGGGAUGAGGUUAAUAUUGAUACAGAGUUUAAAUGAGACAGGAAUCUUGCAUGUGUGAAUUUGUGUUUACUUUCAACAAGGAAAUAUUUUUUCGUUAUAGUACAGACUUAAUGAGGGUAAAUUUUUCACAGAGGAUGAUUUCUUAGAGUAAAUGUUUAAUUUCAUUAAUGUCAUAAUUCCCUCUUAACAAAUAAAGAUUUUGGGUUAU